UAACCAACGCGUCCGAGGCGGCUACAUGACGUAAUCUCGCGGGCCGGACGUCACUUUGCGAUGGCGGCUGUGGCUCAGCUGAGCGGGCUGCUGCUGCGCGCUUCGUUCAGGACAGUGCCGUGGAGAAACAUUCCUCGCGCCGGCCUCCGCAGCUCCGCCGUGGCCAUGCGUCCCGUAGCGAGUGAGGCCGAGUUUGAGGCGGCGAAGCAGCGGCUGGGACAGCUGACGUCGGACCCAGGAAAUGAGGCAAAACUCCAGAUCUAUGCACUCUUCAAGCAGUCCACGCAGGGGUCUUGCAACACCCCCAAGCCCGGAAUGCUGGACUUUGUCAACAAAAUGAAGUGGGAGGCGUGGAAGAACCUGGGACCUCUGAGCAAGGAGGAGGCUCGGCUGAAGUAUGUGCAGCUCAUCGACUCGCUGGUGGCGGCCGAGACUCCUGCUGCUCCGUCGACGGAGGCCGGCGCCACAGCUUACCAGACCCUGCAGCUGAAGCGUGAGAACAACAUGACGGUGAUCACGCUGAACCGGCCUGACAAGAAGAACGCCAUCAACAUCACGAUGUACGAAGAGAUCAUGAAGGCGUUGGAGGAGGCUGGGAAAGACGAGUCCGCGUUUGCCGUUAUCACAGGCGCCGGCGAUUACUUCUGCAGUGGCAACGACCUCAGCAACUUCACCAACAUCCCGCCCAGCGGCAUCAAGCAGAUGGCACUCGACGCCGCCGACCUGCUGCGUAGGUUUGUGUCGUCCUUCAUCGAAUUCCCCAAGCCGCUGGUGGCGGUGGUGAACGGCCCGGCGGUCGGCGUGUCGGUGACGCUGCUCGGCCUCUACGACGCCGUCUACGCUACCAGCAGGGCGACGUUCCACACCCCGUUCAGCCAGCUGGGUCAGAGCCCCGAAGGCUGCUCCUCCUACAUCUUCCCCAAGCUCAUGGGCGCCGCCAAGGCCACCGAGAUGCUUCUCUUCAACAAGAGGCUGACGUCCCAGCAGGCAUGCGACCUGGGCCUUGUCACCGAAGUCUACCCUGACAACAGCUUCCAGCGGGAGGUGUGGGCUCGCUUGGAAACGUUGGCCAAGCUGCCCAAGAAGUCCCUGGCGUACUCCAAGCAGCUGUCACGCGACGCGGAGCGGGAGGCUCUGCAUGCGGCCAACUUGCGCGAGUGCCAGCGGCUCAUCGAGCGCUGGCAGUCCGAAGACUGCAUGGCCGCCAUCGCAGGCUUCUUCCAGAGCAAGGCCAAGCUGUAGCCCGCUGCCAGGGGCGGGGGGUGGGGUGAGGCGGCCGCUGUGUGCGGUGCCGUGUGGCGCCACGUCUCACCGUCGCGCUAGUGGUGGUGGUGGUGGGUGUGCGGUUUAGUGGUUAGGCGUCAUGGUCAUUUCGUGUUGCAGCGCCGUGAGAUUGCGUGUGAGCGUACCGCUUUGGAAUGUGCUCGGAGUUUCAUCCGUGAGCGACGAAUUAGCGCCGAAUAGGACUGAUUGUAGUGGCGCGCGUUUACCAAGAUUCCGUAUCGUAAACGUCCAAUCAGCAGCUGCUGCACAGUCAGGAUUUGGUGAAAGAGCAUUGGCCUGUGAUGAUGCACACUUACACGUGCGUACACAGACACGCGGACGCAGACACACCCAGGCACAUGCACACGUGUACGCAGACACACAAGCACACACAGAUAUAGAGUACUCACCACACAUGCACACACAUCAAAAAUGCCUCCAAUAUAGCCUAAACAGAUUGUUGGGGAAAGUGUUGUUAGCAAAGCACCUGUGCAGACCAACCCAGCACACAAAGGGGUGGGUGGUGAGCAACACGCCCGGCCAGUCGGCCGGACGUUUUUGUCUACCCAUUGGUGAUGUUUACUCACCAUACCAGGUACUCAAUUUAAGGCCGAGUCGACCUCAGGGGAUGCCCAGAACCAGGUUCAGAUAUUCAUCACCGAUGUUAGCUGUGAGCGAGAAUCGUAUUCGAGUCGCUAGUUUCAUUGAACGGUGCGUGCUAACCACAACACCGCUGCCCACAUACGCACGCAGCACAUAUACAUAUGCGCCUACACAUACAAAUCCACAAAAUGCUGUUGGUGAGCAACGAUUGCAAUGCAAUGUAAUUUUUAUUUAUCUUACAAAUGCAACUGCGUGUCUAGGCUCGACAGAACAGUGGGACAUGGGCACGCUGUUAAGGCUGGAGCGCCGCAACGAGGGGGUGGGGUGGUCAGGACCAUGCCCACACAUAGGAGAUACUCAUGUUAGGCCGAGUCAAACUGGGGGAGGCCCAGAAUCGGUUCAGGUAUCAUUUCCCACUGAUGCUCGCCGGUGCCGGGAAUCUAUACUCGGGCGAUUAGGUGAUUUGUAGUGGCCUGCGCUAAACACUGCUGCGUGAUGCAGUGCACUAGCAGCACGUGCUGUUCGGCCGAGAGGAUCGUGUCAGUGGUGGCGGGACCUCUGCUUGUGUUAUUGUAGACAUUGAAAAGGACCACCUUUGCUCGCGCCAGUGUUGAGUGAGGGAUUUCAUCGGUGAGCGUGUAGGGGGAGAGAGAGAGAGCGCGAGCGAGUCGGUGAGUGAGUCUGCGAAUGAGCAGGUGUGCGGAUUGGGUGAGCGAGUCAGUGAGUGAGUUGUGAUGCUGAGAGCGAGCAAGUGAGAGAGAGCUCACAUCUAUUGCACCGCUCUGUUCGGUGUGAGAUCGAAUUCGUCCUGGGUCCACUAAUGGUGCAUUCAUUUCAGGGUCAUGGCGUCCAAAUCGCCGUGGGGGAAACGUCCAGAGUCCAUUUACUCUACUUUCUGACGCCGCGUGAAAUCGAUUUGCGUAACUUAUUUUAAUUAAUGUUUGCAAAUAAAUACAAUUUCCUUG